UUCACGGCCAGCAUUGUUUCCCCUACCCAGGCGCAUACUCGACGCCGCUGCCACCUGAUGGCGUCGACAUAUGCCCUGCCCGUCACUCCGACUGCGCACAACCAUGGCCGCUCAACAUCGCAAUAUACGCCCGACCCGUCGCCUUAUUCGACAAACUCCACAACUGGCGCUUCGCCUGCCAGAUCACACAGCCACCGGUACACCCGGUCUGACAUGGGCGCGGGCGGCCAAUUGUACGGCGCGGCCCGCUCGCAGUACGCCGAGUACAACUCUCAGCUCCAGACGCAGCCCCAGGAGCACAAGCACGGCCACGAGCGCUCGACUUCAAGAGACUCGACAUACACGCUGAAGCCCUUUUUGAAUGGGAGCAUGGGGAGGCCAAAAGGCCGGCCCAGAGGCGACUCAGACCUGGGCCGCGUCAUCCCCAAAAAGACACCGGUAAUCGACAGAUAUGGCUUCUCGCCAGUGUCGCCCAUAGAAGAGACUGCCCAUGCGCAUUCACCUCUCCCGCCUGCACGGCGCAGACCAUGGCUGCAGCUUCCCGAAGCCCUUACCGCCUUCCUCAUCCCUCUCCCAUACAUCUUCGCCGCUCUGGCAUAUCCAAAGGGCAUCCGCACGACAGCCAGGUUUCCGUCUACCCUCUCGGAAGCCGUAGCAGCAAUCUCGCCUCCGACCGAGCCUACACAUCCGUCGAUUAGCGCACCAUUGUUGCACGCCCUCGCGCUUUCGUCUGCGACACUGCUAUUAGUGGGCGCAACUGCGAAAGUCAACUCGACUUUACAACCACUGGAUAGACGGAAAGAAGACAAAGCCGCUUUGAAUAACGGCAGUGUGCCCAGGCGCAUUGCAAGCAAUGCUCUUAGCGUAUUGCUGCCUUUCUAUGCGUCGUUGCAGCUGGGCGGCGCAAAGACAGCGCUCGUCUUGCUGAUUGCAGUAGCAGCGGGCAUCGGAGCUCUGGACCAGAAGCCAGGCAACCACACUCCGUGGGACGAUGCUCGACGGACGCUGAGAACACGCAAAGCCACGUGUGGUACGCUUUCUCUUGCUAUGAUUGCAGACAUCGUGGCCUCUGGAAACACAAACACCUUGAUUGGCUAUGCAGCCCUUUUGCUCUCCAUGUUUCUGGUUCCUCCGCCUCUACCCACCGCUGGCUGGUCUCUCAUGACCGGCACACAAAGCCAGGGCUCAUACAUGAGCCAAAAGCCUCUCCGCGCCUCGUUGCCGAAACCUUCAUCUCCGCUAGUAAGCAAACCCGAGAACCAGCUCCUCACACUUGCCGCGGGUUUGCUUCUUCUCGUCACGACUGUUUUGUACUCUUUUGUUUCUUCUACAUAUCUAUCUCUGUCCCAACAUACAGUUGGAUUUUCGGCCCUGUCGAUUGCAUCAGCGACAGCGCUUGUCUACUUUUCUCUUCCAGCAUCAUUGCGGAGUCAGAAACAGGUAGGGCUCAGGCUGAGCGGUAUCCUCAUCUUCGCUUUUAGUUUUUUGGAGUCUGGAGGCCAUCUCAACAGCGCAUUUCCCUGUGUUUGUGCAGUCCUCAUGGCAGCCGUCUCGUUUGACACUCGCUCCCCAGUACCACGCGCUCACGAUCACGCCCAUGCGCAUACCAACCACAGUCACGCACACGGCCAUGACCAUGACCAUAAGCAUGAUCAUCAUCUCCACGGGAACCAUUCCAGAAUAUCUGCCUUCUUGAUUGCGCGCUCAACCCCAGGUUCGAUUGUGCAUAGUGUGUUGAUUGAAAGGGACUCGCGGCGCAUCGCAUACUUUGGCAUACUCAACUUGACAUUCAUGAUGGUUCAAUUCUUCUAUGGUUUUGUCAGCGGCUCGCUGGGAUUGCUCACAGACAGUAUCCAUAUGCUUUUUGACUGUGCGGGUCUGGCGGUAGGUCUUGCGGCUGCAGUCAUGAGCAAGUGGCCUCCAAACACUCAUUUUCCGUACGGCUAUGGAAAAAUCGAUACGCUGUCUGGGUUUGCCAACGGUGUAUUUCUCUUGCUUGUCAGUGUCGAAAUCAUAUUCGAUGCUUUUGAGCGCCUUUGGGAGGGUCGCGAACUUCAUCGUCUCAAUGAACUGCUGAUUGUCAGUAUACUGGGAUUUUUGGUCAACAUUGUCGGUCUCACUGCCUUUGGACAUGCUCACCAUGGCCAUGGGCACGAUCAUGGCCAUGACCACGGACAUGACCACGGACACGGACACUCACACGACAACGAAAACAUGCAGGGUAUCUUCCUUCAUAUUCUUGCCGAUGCGCUUGGCUCUGUAGCAGUCAUCAUCUCUACUCUUCUGACCAAGUACUACGGCUGGUCCGGAUGGGACCCUAUUGCGUCCUGCAUCAUUGCUAUUCUGAUCUUCCUCUCGGCGAUCCCCCUUGUCAAGUCCAGCGGAGCGAGACUUAUGCUUAGCUUGCCUAGCGAUGUCGAGUAUGGCAUCAGGAAUGCGUUGGGAGAGUUGGGUACACUGAGAGGCGUGGUAGGUUACACGGUUCCUAAGUUUUGGCUUGAAGACGAAGGAGCUGCGCAUGCGGAAGCCCAUGCCAAGGAGCAUGACGAUUGCGACGGACACAAGCACGACGACCAUUCUCAUGAUCACGACCACGACCACGAUCAUCCACAUUCGCACGACCAUGACCAUUCGCAUGAUCAUGACCAUUCACAUUCACAUUCACAUUCGCAUUCGCACGACCACAGCCACGACCAUUCCCAUUCGCACUCGCACUCUCACGAUCACAACCACGACCACGACCACGACCAUGAUCAUGUGCAUAAACCACGGCGCAUCCUUGGCGUAAUCCAUAUCAUUGCAUCGCGGGUUGCAGACGUAGAAGACGUCCGCGAGCGCUCCUACCAGUUUCUCAAAGACCGCGGUAUGGACGUCGUCAUCCACGUCGAAAGAGAAGGCGAAGGCCGGUGUUGGUGUGGCGGUGGCGGCGAUUACAAGACAAACUAG